AGCCAGGCCGUCCAGGUCGGACAGCAAAUCUUCGUCUCGGGCCAGAUCCCCGCCGAUGCGCAGGGCAAUCUCGUCGAGGGCAACAUUGGCCAGAAGACCGAGGCCUCCUGCAAGAACAUUGUUGCCAUUCUGAGCGAGGCGGGCUCCGACAUCUCCCGCGUCUUCAAGGUUAACGUCUUCCUUGAUGACAUGGCCAACUUUGGCGAGAUGAAUGCCGUCUACGAGAAGUUCUUUGCCCAUAAGCCUGCUCGCAGCUGCGUUGCCGUCAAGCAGCUCCCCAAGGGCGUGCCCGUUGAGAUUGAGUGCAUUGCCCUUGCUGGCAAGGCUUAG